AAGUGAUUGGUCGAAUAACACUCGUCUCUACAAGAAUGUAGCAUUAAUAGUAAGCUGUUUUAUUGUCAAAUUUGUCUAAUAAAUGGAAGUGCUCAGAAUUGUUCUUACUUUGUAAUAAGCAAAUAACAUCUGUCACUAUAGUUUCAAUAAUAAAUUAUCCUAGCAGACCUAGCACAUCAUUUGCAAGGUGUUCGUGGGAAGUUACAAGUUAACGCCCGAAUGUGUGAUAAACAAGUGAAUUGUAAAAGGUGUUACCUUAUCAGGCAUUAUAACGUUCGAACGACCUGAUAAGUUUCAAGGGAAUAUAUACAAGAAAAAAAAUUCUUUUUUUCAUUCAUUGAAAUGGCAACUGAUAACGAGAGACGCGUUGCAUUAAUUACGGGUAUUACCGGACAAGAUGGUUCCUAUUUAGCAGAAUUUUUAUUAGAAAAAGGAUAUCAUGUGCAUGGAAUUAUUAGGAGAGCUAGUUCUUUUAACACAGCUCGUAUUCAACAUCUUUAUGCAGACCCAAAAUGCCAUCGGCAGGGUAAAAUGAAAUUACAUUAUGGAGACAUGACAGAUUCAAGUAGUUUAGUAAAAGUAAUUAGCUCUGUACAACCAACAGAAAUUUAUAAUCUUGCUGCUCAAAGUCAUGUUAUGGUAAGUUUUGAAGUAAGCGAAUACACAGCUGAAGUAGACGCAGUAGGAACAGUUCGAUUGUUAGAUGCAAUACGUACCUGUGGUUUAGAAAAAUCUGUAAAGUUUUAUCAUGCAUCAACAUCUGAGCUUUAUGGUAGAGUGGUGGAAGUACCACAAAAUGAGAAAACACCAUUUUAUCCACGUUCUCCAUAUGCUUGUGCAAAAUUAUACAGCUUCUGGAUUGUUGUAAACUACAGAGAAGCAUAUAACAUGUUUGCAUGUAAUGGAAUAUUAUUUAAUCAUGAAAGUCCUCGUAGAGGAGAGAAUUUUGUUACUAGAAAAGUGACUAGAUCAAUAGCGAAAAUACAACUGGGUUUGCAAGAUGUUCUUGAACUGGGAAAUUUAGAUGCUAAAAGAGACUGGGGUCACGCGAAAGAUUAUGUUGAGGCGAUGUGGUUAAUGUUGCAACAGCCAACACCAGAUGACUAUGUGAUAGCAACUGGAGAAACACACAGCGUUAGGGAAUUCGUAGAAGCAGGUUUUCGGUACGUUGGUCGCACAAUUAAGUGGGAAGGUGAAGGUGUAAAUGAGACAGGGCAGGAUGCACAAACAGGACAAGUAUUGGUUAAAGUGAAUCCUAAGUAUUUCCGUCCAACAGAAGUAGAUGUCUUACUGGGCGAUGCUACUAAAGCAAAAGAAAAAAUAGGUUGGAAACCUACAGUUACAUUUGAGGAUCUUGUAAAAGAUAUGAUGGAUUUCGAUUUAGAAUUAAUGAGAAAGAAUCCGGUCGCUUAAUAUUAUUCCUUAUUUUCGAAGAGGCUUAAUGCAUUUCUUAAAAUACAUUCUAUGUCUCUAUGAGACAGUGGUAUUCAAUUAAAACACACUUAUUAUAUUAAAGCAGAUUUAUAUGUUAUUUUGUAAAACUGCAUAUUGAGAUCAGAGGUAGACAAGUUCUUCAAGUAAAUGAAUUACGAAUUAAGGUGCUAAAACAAUAGCUUUGUCUAGUAUCUGAUCCAGAAUAUAUAUUUGUAUAAAACUUAAUGAAAUUGUAUGUAGUUCGUAUUAAAUGUUUAUUGUAAUUCCUCUGCAGACAA